AAAUCGAUCGUCAAACCGCCGACGACAGUUAUUCAGUAUACCGCAGUAAUAACAGCCGUGGUAGUAGUAGUAGUACUAUGGUAGUAGUAGUAGAAGCAGUACUGUUACACUCUACUUUCACUGGCGCAACACCAAAACGGGUAUCACGACGAUAGCUUUCGACCGACCGUCCGCGACUCGGGCCAGUGUGAUAAACUCGCGAGCGGGCACGUCGCAAAUACAUAUUUUUUUCCCUCGAUAUUCGCGCGGGCGUCGUUUUCCCAUCGCGUCUUCGUCUUUGGAAAAAUCGAAUCGGAACACGUCCGCAUAACAUAUAACUACCGCGGUCCAUAACGUCAGAAACCGCGGUGACCGGAAGUCGCCGAUUUCAAUAAUAUUAUUAUUGUACGCAGCGCGAAAACCACCGACUGCAGCCAGAUCUCCACCGCCGGUGUCAUGAAUACGACCACUGCGACCUUCGUCUGGAUCGCCCUGUGUUGCUGCUCGUCGAUCGCCAUUCCGGUGCCCGACCGACGACUUCGGCAGACCGACCGCGUCGCCGCCGAUCCUGCGGCGCCCGACCGCGUCGCUGCCGAUGCGUCCGACCAACCGUUCGAUCCGACGCUGGACGCCUUAGCGGACGCCAAGUACGACGAACCCACCGCCGACGACGAGAACAAAAACGGCGGCACCGAGGACAGGGAGAAGCGGCAGUUGUCCUUCGUCCAGGGCAAGCUGUUGAAUUUUUUGAAACCGUUACCGGUGGUCGAUGUGACUAAAGAAGAUGAGAAAUACGGCAACGACGGUGACAAGUUUAACAGGAUCGGAAGAGGUUUUAUCGGCGGCGUGGAAUCCGUGUCCAAUAUGCUGACCUCGGCGCUUUCGUUUCCAGUGGAUACCGCGAAAAAAUUAUCCAGGUCAGCUACCGAAAUGUUAAACAAUUUAGGUGGAAGAUUAAUAGGACUACAAUGAUAACGUAAAUUUGUUAUAAACAGUAUCUAUACAAUAAAUGUGUAAUAUUGUAUUUAGUAUUAACUCUUAAGAUAUGUUAUGACGUGUGUACUAAAUAAUUUUUAAUUGUUUAAAACAAAUUAUUCACCAUAUAUAGACAUAUAGUAAUAAUUAAGAUAAAUAAUUUUUGAUGAUAGAGAUUAAUGUUGUUUAGCGAUCCAUAAUAUAGUUUUUGUACAUACCAUUUUUAUUUUUAUUUUUUUUUUUAUUUUACACAUUUUUAGGAACAUAUUUCAUAAAUGUUGUAAUCCACUUCGUUAAAAAAAAAUAAAAUAAAACUUAAUAUGUAUAA